AUGGAGGUGGGUUCUCCUGAAAAUGGAUUUGAUGAAAUAAGCGACCUUUUCAAACACGAUGAAUCCACUUUAUCUGAAGAUUUAGGCCUAAGCUUUCUAAUGAAUAAGGAUGUAGCUGCAGAUUAUGCGUUUGGUGACUUGGAAGGUGAAGAUAAGUUCAAUUUCUGUUUCAGUGAGCAAGGGCACUGUGAACUGCCUUCACUGCUGUCUAAUUUCAGAUACUAUGACCCUCCGGGACAUCCUUUGGAAAAUCUCCAUUCUUCUGCUCGAAUUAGUAGCAGUAGUGAUUUUUUGAUUGAUACAGAUGCUGGUGUUGUUUUGAACGAGGAUAAUUUGCAGAUGAGAUCGCCCAAAAACCACCAGCAUGAGGAUACUGAGAAGUUAUGUUCUGGUUAUCUUCGUGAUUUUGCCUCCCAAGUAGAUUUAGAGAGUAUCAAUUCUGAAGUUCCAGAGGUCUUUUGCAGACAACCACAGGUACUUGCUUCAAUGGGGAACCCUAUAUUGGGAGGAGAAAUAGUGGACACGCGAGAUUCUCCUCCGCACUACAAUAUAGGUGAAGAAACCUUUUCAAAUCCACAGCACCAAGAACUUGACCAGUCUGAGUUUACAUCCAAAAAAGAAGAAGAAGGUGUUCCAGUUGACCAGACAGAAACGCUUUAUCUUUCUCUAGAAUCUGAGAGUGGAGAUUUCAACUCAAGAAACUCUGGAGAUGGUAGGGAAGAGCUCAAAGAGCUUGAUUUGCCCCAUGUUGAUCAGUAUGACCAAGAGAGAACUUCGCACUUUUCUGUAUCUACAGGAGUGAUGGGGGAAAUAUGCGUUUCGCCUGAGACAUCUCUUUACGCUAUCAAGGUUCCACAUGAUCAGAAACUGUCUGCUUCACAUGGUCUUCAAGAUGUAUUAUAUUAUAAUGUAACACAUGAUCCAAAAUGCUGCAAAGCUGAAUGCUUUGACCCAAGUGAAGAUCCCCUUUCUGUGAAUCAGUCGUUACAUGCUGCUAUGGAGAAUUGUGCAUCUUCAAAAGGUUCUCCUGCGAAACAUGUUCAUGUAGCUAAAAUAAAUGAUCAAGGAGUAAAAAGAUCAAGAUCACAAUCACCGGUUAAGCAAACAUAUUCCACUUCCAGGUGUAAGAAGGAUUCUCAAACUAACUCUGAAGCAAGACUCCCACAUUUUAAAAGUUGGUGCCAAAGAUCAUCUGACAAAGCUGCUUGUUCAUACCAGUCUCCUGGAAGUCCUAUCAGAUGUGUUAUUCAAGAAGGUCACAAGGAACAGUCUUAUUAUUCUUCAUCAAGUAACCACAAAUAUGAAUUAGCUAGGACUGGUGAUCGGGGUAGGGAAGUCACUUCGAAGGAUCAUUUGUCAGUCACCAGUCGACAGAAUUCUGCUGCUCUACAAGAGUCAAGGAGAGUGUUUAAGGAUAGUUCUUCUUCCAAAUCUGCACCUGCCUCACCAAGCAAUCACUCCUUAGAAAUUACUAGUCGUCGGAAAGUGGAGAGGUCAGGUUCGCCAUCACCAAUCUCGCGUAGGAAUCUCAAGAGAGAAUGUGAUAAAUCUCUUUCAAGGACGAGGUACUCCUCAAGGCACAAAUCUUCCUCAAGGAGCAAUUCUGCUCAUAAUACAUCUCUUCGAGCCGGAUACUUGUCACGAGCUUCUUAUAGGAGGACUGGAAUAGGGAAACCUGGGAGAUGUCUGUUUGUUGCAGGCUUUGAAUUUUCAACAACAGAAGGAGAACUGGAAAGGAAGUUUUCUCGAUUUGGCCAUGUGAGAGAUGUUCGCAUAAUUCGUGACAAAAGGUCGGGGCUUUCACGCGGAUAUGGAUUUUUAUCAUUAGAAAGGGAUGAAGAAGCAGAUGCGGCCAUUAGAGCUCUGCACAAGACAGACUGGAAUGGUCGUGUUGUUCUUGUGGAGAAAUCAAUUAAGUGAAAUCUCAUUACCUGUAUCUGAACCAGCUUAUAGUUUCUUGUUCCAUGAUAUUUUGACUGCAAAGUUUUGUUCUAGCCUGGGCAAACACAUAUAGUAGCUCAGCCUGAGAUAACCGGGACAUAUAAUAGUUACUUGGUUAAAACUUUUGUCUCCCUAUCCAUUAACUUGAUAACGUCUA